CCCACCUAGGAGCAGAGCCCAGCGGCAGGCUCUCCCGUCGCCUGGCACCCCGAUGGGAGCCCGUGCCACCGGACUACGCUUGCUUCUCUCUUGUUUCUGUCUGUUCGGCGUUGAGCCUGCUACGGAGUUCAUGCAGGUGCAGCGUCAGGCACCAGCACUUACAUGGAGAGCCAGUACAGAGCUGCAGCCGGAGCCCGCCCCUGAGCCCGCCCCUGAGCCCAGUCACAGCUACCAGGAGAUGUCCCUUGCAGAAGAUGUCACAACCGCGAUGGAAGGCCAGGAGGCUGCAGCCCCAGAUGCGGUGGCCAUGUCUUCAUGGGAAAGGCGUCUCCAUCGGGCCAAGUGUGCACCAUCUUACUUGUUCUCCUGCUUCAAUGGGGGCGAGUGUGUGCACCCAGCUUUCUGUGACUGCAGACGCUUCAAUGCCACUGGACCUCGUUGCCAGUUGGUGUAUAACGCCGGCCCUGAGCGGGACAGCAUCUGCCGGUCCUGGGGGCAGUACCACGUGGAGACGUUUGAUGGCCUGUACUACUACCUCUCUGGAAAGGGCAGCUACAUGCUGGUGGGACACCACGAACCGGAGGGCCAGAGCUUUUCCAUCCAGGUGCACAAUGACCCACAGUGUGGCUCUGCCCACUACACCUGUCCGAGGUCUGUCAGCCUCUUCCUCUCCGGUGAACGUGAGAUCCGCCUGGCCAAGGAGGUCACCCACGGAGGUGUAAGGGUCCAGCUGCCACAGGCGGUGGGGGGUGUGCAGCUGCAGCAGCUGGCUGGUUAUGUCAUCGCACGGCACCCAUCAGCCUUCACACUGGCCUGGGAUGGUACCUCAGCUGUCUACAUCAAGGUGAGCCCAGAGUUUCUGGGCUGGACACAUGGGCUGUGUGGGAACAACAAUGCUGACCCUCAGGAUGACCUGGUGACCAGCUAUGGGAAGCUGACUGAUGACGUAGGGGAGUUCGUGCUCAGUUGGCAGGAGCAAGCCCCCAACAGCCCGCCAGGACCUGUGACUUCUUCCCUGCCUCGACCACCAUGCCUGCAGCAGAGCCCAGCAUCCAUGCAGGGUGUGUAUGAGCGAUGUGAGGCGCUGUUGAGACCCCCCUUCGACGCCUGCCAUGCCUACGUCAGCCCUCUGCCCUUCACGGCCAGCUGUACCAGUGACCUCUGCCAAUCAGGAAGCAAUGAUAGCACUUGGUGCCGAGCACUGAUGGAAUAUGCCCGGGCAUGUGCACAGGCAGGGCGCCCUCUGCAGGGCUGGAGGACCCAACUCCCACAAUGCACUGUGUACUGUAAAGAGAAGGCCUUCACCUACAACGAGUGCAUCGCCUGCUGCCCGGCUUCCUGCCAGUCCCGGGCUGCGUGUGUGGACAGCGAGAUCGCCUGUGUGGAUGGCUGCUACUGCCCCAAUGGGCUGAUCUUUGAGGAUGGGGGCUGCAUGUCACCCGCUGAGUGUCCCUGUGAGUUCCAUGGGACCCUGCACCCACCUGGCUCUGUGGUGACGGAGGACUGCAAUGCCUGCACGUGCACUGCAGGGAAGUGGGUGUGCAGCUCUUCUGUCUGCCCAGCUGAGUGCUCGGUGACUGGUGACAUCCACUUCACGACCUUUGAUGGACGCCGGUACACAUUCCCUGCCACGUGCCAGUACAUCCUAGCCAAGAGCCGCUCCUCGGGCACCUUCACGGUGACGUUGCAGAAUGCCCCAUGCGGCCUGAACCAGGAUGGAGCCUGUGUCCAGUCAGUGUCAGUGAUUCUGAACCAGGACCCCCGGAGACAGGUGACCCUGACUCAGGCAGGAGAUGUCCUUCUGUUUGACCAGUACAAGAUCACCCCACCCUACUCAGAUGAUGCUUUUGAGAUUCGGAGGCUGUCCUCCGUGUUCCUGAGGGUGAGGACCAACGUGGGCGUGCGGAUCCUCUAUGACCGGGAAGGGUUGCGGCUCUACCUGCAAGUGGACCAGCGAUGGGUGGAGGACACUGUGGGCCUCUGUGGCACCUUCAACGGCAACACACAGGAUGACUUCCUGUCUCCAGUGGGUGUGCCUGAGAGCACCCCACAACUGUUUGGCAAUUCGUGGAAGAUGCUGUCUGCCUGCUCCCCACUGGUCCCUGGCUCCCUGCUGGACCCCUGUGAUGUACAUCUACAAGCUGCCUCCUCCGCACUGCAGUCCUGCAGUGUGCUCACGGGGGAGCUCUUUGCACCCUGCUCUGCAUAUCUGAGCCCAAUACCCUACUUCGAGCAGUGCCGCAGGGAUGCCUGCCGCUGCGGACAGCCCUGCCUCUGUGCCACGCUGGCCCACUAUGCCCACCUAUGCCAGCGCCACGGGCUCCUGGUUGACUUCCGUGCCCAUCUGCCAGCCUGCGCACUGUCCUGUGAGGCCACCAAGGAGUACAGCCCAUGCGUGGCUCUGUGUGCACAAACCUGCCAGGACCUGGCCAGCCCUGAUGUCUGUGGGGCUAAUGGUGGUGGCAACUUCAGCAGGGAUGAGUGUGUGGAGGGUUGCACCUGCCCGCCGGACACGUAUCUGGACACACAAGCAGACCUCUGUGUCCCCAGGAACCAAUGUUCUUGCCACUUCCAAGGAGUGGACUAUCCCCCUGGGGACAGCGACAUCCCUUCCCUGGGCCACUGCCACUGCAGGGAUGGAGUCAUGAGCUGUGACAGCCAAGCCCCAGCUACUUCCUGUCCAGCAGGCCAGGUCUUUGUGAACUGCAGUGAUCUGCCCCCGGGCCCUGAGCUCAGCAGGGAGAGGACAUGUGAGCAGCAGCUGUUGAACCUGAGCAUGCCAGCACGUGGUCCCUGCCUGUCGGGCUGUGCCUGUCCCCAGGGCCUGCUCAGACAUGGGGACGCGUGCUUCCCACCGGAGGAGUGUCCAUGUACCUGGAAGGGGAAGGAGUAUUUCCCUGGGGACCAGGUGGUAUCUUCCUGCCACACCUGCGUGUGCCAGCAGGGUUCGUUCCAAUGCACCCUGCACCCCUGUGCCGCCACCUGCACCGUCUACGGGGACCGACACUACCGUACGUUUGAUGGACUUCCGUUUGACUUCGUAGGGGCGUGCAAAGUGCACCUGAUCAAGAGUACAUCAGAGCAGAGCUUCUCGGUGAUGGUGGAAGAUGUGAACUGCUACAGCUCCGGCGUCAUCUGCAGGAAGUCCAUCUCCAUCAACGUGGGCAGCUCACUGGUCAUCUUCGAUGACGACUCCGGGGAUCCGAGUCCUGAGAGCUUCCUGGAUGAGAAGCAGGCUGUCCACAUCUGGAGAGCAGGCUUCUUCACGCUGGUGCAUUUCCCACGGGAGCACAUCACCCUCCUAUGGGACCAGAGAACCACUGUGCAUGUACAGGCCGGCCCUCAGUGGCAGGGUCAGCUGGUGGGCCUUUGUGGGAACUUUGACCUGAAAACUGUCAAUGAGAUGAGGACCCCAGAGAACCUGGAGUUGACGAACCCCCAGGAGUUCGGCAGCAGUUGGGCUGCAGUGGAGUGCCCAGACACCCCUGACCCCCGGGACACGUGCGUCCUGAACCCUGUCCGAGAACCAUUUGCCAGGAAGGAGUGUGCUAUUCUGCUCAGUGAGGUGUUCGAGACCUGCCACCCCGUGGUUGAUGUCACUUGGUUUUACUCAAACUGCCUGACGGACACAUGCGGCUGCAGCCAGGGUGGUGACUGUGAGUGCUUCUGUGCCAGCGUGUCUGCCUACGCCCAUCAGUGCUGCCAGCACGGGGUGGUCAUUGAUUGGCGGACCCCCCGCCUCUGCCCAUACGACUGUGACUUCUUCAACAAAGCGCUAGGUAAGGGUCCCUACCAGCUGUCCAGCGUGGCGGCCGGCGGCACUCUUGUGGCUGCGAAGGCAGUGGACAGUGACAUGGGCCUUGUGAGGGCAGAGGACCUGGCGCCAGGGGACAUUUCAAGCUUCCUGCUGACAGCUGCUCUGUACAAGGCCAAGGCCCAUGACCCUGAUAUCGUGUCCCUGGAGGCGGCGGACAGACCCAACUUCUUCCUGCACACCACAGCCGACGGGUCUCUAGGGAUGACUAAGUGGCAGGGUGGUGAAGCCUUCCAACAGCACGCCUCCUUCUCCCUGCACCGGGGGACAUGGCAGGCUGGCCUGGUGGCUCUGGAGUCCCUGGCAAAGCCUGGUUCCUUCCUCCACUCAUCAGGCCUUAAGCUGGCUCUGCGGACAUACGAGCACACAGAGGCAUUUCGUGGCGGUGCGCUCUUCCGCCUUCUGGAUGCCAAGCCCUUGGGGGCCGCCUACCCCAUCUGCGAGUGGCACUAUGAUGCCUGUGCCAGCCCCUGCUUCCAAACCUGCCGGGACCCAUGGGCAGCCAGCUGCCAGGAUGUGCCCAGGGUAGAAGGCUGUGUCCCUGUGUGCCCCACUCCUAAGGUCCUCGAUGAAGUCACACAGAGAUGUGUCUAUUUGGAAGACUGUGUGGAGCCAGCCCUGCAGGGUCCCACGGAGGCGCUUGGCAAUGAGACCCUGGCACCUGGUCAAGUGCUACCCACCCCCAGGGACAAGCAGCAGCUCCCACAGGGGCCUCCCAGUGCCCCCACCCACGGGCCUGCCCUUGUCCCAGGAGCCCCGCUGACUUCAGCCCCCAACCCACCAACGGCUGCCCCCGAGGGGCCAGUGCUGUCUCCAGGCCCCACCCAACCCACACUGCACCCCCCACUGGGGCUUACAGCAUCUAACCUUCCUGCUCACCACACAGAGGCCCUAGCCAGAGAGGAAGGGGCUGCCAGCCUCCUAGCCACUCCUCACCUCCCAGGGUCCUCAUCCUCCCUCUUAAGUUCUCCACAGACACCCACAUCUGGCACCGUAUCUGGUACAGCAGAGACAACCAAAGUGACCGCGACCUUUGCAGGGAGUCCCAACACCACGGCCUCCUCCCGGUCACCCCCUGUACCUCGCUUCCCACUCACGACCAGAGCGGUGACAGUCCUAAGUCGUGACUCCUUUCCUGUUAGGACUACACCCCUACAGCCCUCUUGGCUACCAAGCCCCUCUUCCAGACCUGUGGCUUCCCCUGGAGCAACUUCCAGGCCCCCCACCGCCCUGGGAUCCCACCCGACAACUGCAGUAACUAAGGUCACAGAUAAGAAGACAGUGACAGUAACUUCCAGUUCCAGCCACACCCUGGCUGUGAGCACAGCACAGAGGGUUCCGGGCAGUCCCCUCGUCACCACGGGCUUGGAGGUCUUGCCAGCUACAGAGAAGGGAGAACCUGGGCACAGCCAGCCUAUAAGGCUGCCAGUGUCCUCACACCCAAGCUCAGUCCCCAUCGACUUGCCUCAUCCAGCCCAGCACUCCACCACAGCCCCUGGGCCUCCAGCGCUGUCCCUAGGAACCCUGGCUGCUGGCAGCCCAUUCACGGAUGCUCACAGACUGGGGGCCACAGCUUUAGUUUCUCUAGAGUCAACUCGGCCACCCCAGCUCCUCUCUGGCCUGCCUCUUGACACCAGCCUGCCCUUGGCUAAAGCGGGCACAUCUGCCCCAGUGGCCACACCAGGCCCCCCAGCCUCUAUCACCACCCCUCCACCUCAGCGGCAGGCCACCACUCCGGCCGUGGCCACGACAGUGACGCCACCUGCUCACACACUCAGUCUGUCAGUGCCUCUCAUGUCUGCUGUGGAGGACCAGGCACAGUCACCUAGCCCUAUGGAACCCCAAGUAACAGCUGUGGCUCCAGACUUAACUCUGGGAGCCACAUUGCCAAGCUCUGGAGCCUCAGCGGUGACUGCUGGGGUGCCCCCCACAGUGUCUGUGGCCCCACAGAAGAGCACCACCCCUAAAGCAGCCAUCCUAUCUAAGAAAGUAACUCCACCCACCUUCAUCUCUGGCUCUGCCCAGGGUGGGUUCACAGAACUCACAGCCAGAGUGAGCCAUACUGUUACUCCCUUGGUGACAGAGGCGGAGGGCCCCCGGGCUGUCACAGUGCCACUGGUGUCCACAUCCUACUCCCUAAGCCAGGUAUCAGCCAGGACGGCCUCCCGGGAGAGCUCACUGGUUCUGCUGCCUCAGCUGGCAGAAGCCCAUGGGACCCCAGCAGGCCUCCAGCCCCAAGAGGAUCUAGUGAGGCAGGCUACCACGGAGCAGUCAGGGCGCUCAGCUCCAGCCCAGAGCUUAGCAGAGGGAUCGAUGGAGGUCGACGUGAACAUUUCUGCCACCUGUGUGCCCAUCGCCGAACAAGACUGCAUCCGGCACAUUUGCCUAGAGGGCCAGCUGAUACGUGUGAACCGGUCCCAGCACUGUCCUCAGGGCGCUGCACGCCCUCACUGUGGAGUCCUAGGCCUCGCUGUGCGAGUGGGCGGGGACCGCUGCUGCCCACUCUGGGAAUGUGCCUGCCGAUGCUCAGUCUUCCCGGACCUGAGCUUUGUAACCUUCGAUGGCAGCCAUGUGGCCCUGUUCAAGGAGGCCAUCUAUAUCCUCAGCCAGAGCCCGGAUGAAAUCAUCUCCGUCCAUGUCCUGGAUUGUAAGAGUGCCAACCUGGGACACCUGAACUGGCCCCCAUUCUGUCUGGUUGUAUUGAAUGUGACUCAUUUGGCCCAUCAUGUCACCAUCGACCGCUUCAACAGGAAGGUGACUGUGGACUCUCAGGCUGUGUGGCCGCCAGUGAGCAGAUAUGGGUUCCGAAUUGAGGAUACAGGCCACAUGUACAUCAUCCGGACACCCUCACACAUCCAGAUCCAGUGGCUCCACAGCUCAGGACUCAUGAUCCUGGAAGCCAGCAAAGCCAGCAAGGCCCAGGGCCGUGGCCUGUGUGGUGUCUGUGAUGGAGAUGCAGCCAACGACCUCACCCUGAAGGAUGGCUCUGUGGUGGGUGAGGCAGAGGACCCUGCUCCCUUUCUGGACAGCUGGCAAGUGCCCAGCUCCUUGACCUCAGAGGGUCAGACCCGCUUCCGCCCAGACAGUUGCGCCACAGCCGACUGUUCGCCUUGCCUCCGCAUGGUGUCCAACCGCACUUUCAGUGACUGCCACCACUUUGUCUCCCCAGAGUCGUUCUGUGAGCUGUGGAUCCGGGACACCAAGUAUGUGCAGCAGCCCUGUGUGGCACUUACUGUCUACGUGGCUAUGUGCCACAAGUUCCAUGUGUGCAUUGAGUGGCGGGGCUCCGACUACUGCCCCUUCCUGUGCUCCAGUGACUCUACCUACCAGGCGUGUGUAGCGGCUUGUGAACCCCCUGAAACUUGCCAGGAUGGGUUACUGGGCCCGCUGGACCCCGAGCAGUGCCAAGUGCUGGGUGAAGGCUGCGUGUGCUCAGAGGGUACCAUCCUGCACCGGCGCCACUCUGCACUCUGCAUCCCUGAGGACAAGUGUGCCUGCACCGACAGCACAGGGGUGCCGCGUGCCCUGGGGGAGACCUGGAACAGUUCCCUCAGUGGCUGCUGCCAGCAGCAGUGCCGGGCCUUAGACACCAUCAUACCCGUGGACCUGGACUGCCCUGGUCCCCGGCCUGAGAGCUGCCCCCGCUUUGGAGAAGUGAUCCUGUUACAGCCCACAGAGGACCCCUGCUGCCUGGGGAGUGUAUGCGUGUGUAACCAGACUCUGUGCGAGGGCCUCGCUCCCACCUGCCGCCCUGGCCACAGUCUCAUCACCCACUUCCAGGAGGACUCCUGCUGUCCCAGCUACAGCUGCGAGUGUGACCCUGGUCUAUGUGAGGCUGAGCAGGUCCCCACCUGUCGCCAGGACCAGGUCUUAAUUGCCGGUCGCCUAGGGGACUCCUGCUGUACCUCCUACUUCUGCGGCUGUGGCGAGUGUCCAGAUCCUAUCCCCGAGUGCCAGGAAGGAGAGGCACUCACUGUGCACAAGAAUACCACGGAGCUCUGCUGCCCUCUGUAUCAGUGUGUGUGCGAGAGCUUCCGCUGCCCACAGGUACAGUGUGGCAUGGGCACUUCCCUGGUGGAGGUGUGGAGCCCAGACCGCUGCUGCCCCUACAAGUCCUGUGAGUGUGACUGUGACACAAUCCCUGUGCCCAGAUGCCAUCUGUGGGAAAAGUCCCAGCUGGAUGAGGGGUUCAUGCACAGCGUGGAGAACGUGUGUGGCUGUGCCAAGUACGAGUGUGUGAAAGCCCCUGUGUGUCUGAGCCGUGAGCUGGGGGUGAUGCAGCCAGGCCAGACCGUGGUAGAGCUUUCGGCGGAUGGCGUGUGCCAUACAUCCCGAUGCACAGAUGUGCUGGACCCUCUCACCAGCUUCUACCAGAUCAACACCACUUCUGUCCUUUGUGACAUGCACUGCGAGGCGAACCAGGAGUAUGACCAUCCACGGGACCUGGCUGCCUGCUGCGGCUCCUGCAGGAACGUGUCCUGCCUCUUCACCUUCCCCAAUGGCACCACCUCCCUGUUCUUGCCUGGUGCAUCCUGGAUUGCAGACUGUGCCCGCCAUCACUGCGGCAGCACUCCCCUGGGUGCCGUACUUGUCCGCUCGCCCAUCAGCUGCCCUCCGCUCAAUGAAACCGAGUGUGCCAAGGUCGGCGGCUCUGUGGUACCAUCCUUGGAAGGAUGCUGUAGGACGUGUAAGGAAGAUGGGCGCUCCUGCAAGAAGGUGACCAUCCGCAUGACCAUCCGCAAGAACGAUUGCAGGAGUAACACCCCUGUGAACCUGGUGUCUUGCGAUGGGAGGUGCCCUUCUGCCAGCAUCUACAAUCACAACAUCAACACCUAUGCCCGCUUCUGCAAGUGCUGCCGUGAGGUGGGACUGCAGCGUCGCUCUGUGCAGCUCUUCUGUGCCGCCAAUGCCACCUGGGUGCCCUACACGGUACAGGAGCCGACCGACUGUGCCUGCCAGUGGUCCUGAGGCCUGGGUGCCAGGGCUGUCUGGGUCACCCCUACCAUCCCCAUGUUCUCCUUUCAGCUGGCCUAGGUGAUUAGGGGAGAGAGGUUAAAGUCGGGAGAGAGCUUGCUCGUGCUGUGUGUGUGGAACGGUGAACAGCGCCCACAAGGAACCAGGAUAGGCCCCCUUGUCCAUCCGGGCUCCCCCUCUGGGUCCCUCCACAUGCGUGUGGGAAAGUGCCGUUUCUCGGGGCUUCUGGAACUCAACACUACAUGGCUUGAGGUCAGGAAGGGGCUGCAGACCCAGUAGCUGAAGGCCCGUACGUUUGUGACUCUGGCCUUGGCUUCUUGCUAGAGGGACUGAGACGUUCCUGAUACACUGAAAUCAAAGCAGAACCCAGUGCUGGGUUGAGAUUUGGUGGCCCUCAACGCAGUGAAAGGAAAAGGUGUUUAAGUAACAUCCUGGCCUGUGUCAAGAGGCUUAGGGAUCCCCAAAGAAAAGAGGAUGAGCCUGGGGGCUCAGGGCUGCGCAUGGAGAGCUAUGAGGGUAUGCUCAGAGGCUGAAGAGUAGGCUAAACUUCUCUAGCCUCAGAGGAUGCCCUGAUGCUCUGGAAUUUAGAAGAGCAGGUCCAGGUCUGUGCCUUUGUGUGUCACACGCCCUCCCUCAAGUCAGCUUGGCAGAUGUGUGAAGGAUUAUCUCCUUAGCAGGCCCUGGGUAUCCAUGCCACCGCUCUAAGUGGCUCUAGGCUGUAGGUGGCACUUCCAGCCUGAAGUUCUAUUCUUUUCUCCAAGGGGAUGGAUGGCAAGUGUGUCUGUGCAAGGGCUUAUUUGUGUGUUUGUGGCUCAGCCAACUCUGGUCAUAGUGCUGUCUGGGACUGUGUUGAUGGAGAGUGUCUGUAGGUAAAAGUGCAGCCAUGUAGGUGUGCACCCCAGCAGCCCAGUCGGAGCCUUGUCUCCACGCCAAAGUGGCCCCUCCCCCAAAGCCAGGGCCAGAGCUCCUGUCCACCUGCCACUCUGCAGAUCCCUUCCUCCCUGCGCUGCUUUGUGAUAAUGGGCCUCAAAGGUCAUGACCUGAUGCUGUUCGGGUCCCAGCAUUGCCCCGAUGCCCCUAUGGGGUAAAGGCGCUGCGUCAGGACGGUCCCCACAUCUGCUUUGCUUCUGUAACUCUUCUGUAUUUUGUUCGUGUCUCAAUAAACUGCGAGGAGUCUUGCAAGCAUCUCUGAGGAUGCCAGGCCUGCCUUGGACACAGGGGAGGAUCAGCUGUGAGGGCCCCGGGGGUCUGUUGGACUUUUACAGCUUGCCUGACUGUGCCCCAACUCCCACCCAGGCACCUCCCACUGCCUGCUCCUGUUCCCAGCCUUGCAGUUCACACUCCCAGCAUGGCUGUAGGUCACUCCUGGGAAGACCAACCACUCCAGGCUAAAACACGUCAGGGAAAGAUGAGCAAAUCACCAGCCCUGCCCUGUACCGUGAGGCACGAGGGUGAGGACUCCAGGACUGUGCCCCACACCGUGGAGCUGACAGCAAGGGAUGGGGACAGAGGACCCUAGUGGUGUCCCGUUGUCCUCAGAAAACAAGACCAGUAGCACCUAUGCACAGAAUUCAGAAAGCUGGUUGAGAAGAAAAUCUUUUGAUAUGCCAUAAUGUUUCUAGGCAACUAGUGUAGCUUGGUUGUGGCCCUCCAAAGAGGUACUCAGUGUAUCCCUGGAACCUGUGAAGAGGUCUUAUCUUACAUGACAAAGAGUCUUUCCAGGUGUGAUCGAGAUGAUGGGUUCUUAGAAAGGGGGCAGGAAGACCAGAGUCAGAGAGGAUACAGUGACUGGGAGAUGGAGUAGGGCUCUCUUCAAAGGAGGGAGGAAGUGGGGACACCCAGGCUUCUGGGCUGGUGUCUUGGUUACUUCUCUAUUGCUGUGAUAAAACACCAUGACUAAGGCAGCUUAGAAAAGAUGGUGUUCAAUUUGGCUUAUGGUUUCAGAAAGUUAGAGUCCACGAUAGCAGAGCAAAAGAACAUCCAAGAACUCACAUCUUGAUCCACGACUGUGAGACAGAGAGAGAGAACUGGGGAUUGCAAGACCCUUUUGAAAUCUCAAAGCCCACCCACAAUGGCACAGCUUCUCCAAUGAGGCCACACCUCCCAGUCCUCCCCAAACAGUUCUACCAACUGGAGACUAAGAUUCAAACAUAUGAACCCAUGGGGGCUUGGUCAGUAAAGGGCUUGCCACGCAAGCAUGCAGGGUUCAACCCUUGACCCACUUUAGAAAGCCAGGCAUGGGGCUAAAGAGGUAGCUCUGUGAUUAAGAGAAGUGCUGCUCUCAAAGAUUUGGGUUCAGUCCAUGCAUGUGCUACACGUACAUACAUGCAGGCAAACACUCAUAUUCAUAAGAAAACACUCUUUUAAAAAGCUAGGUAUGAUGGGGUAUGUUUGUAGUCCCAAUACUGAGAAGAUGGACACAGGCAGAUUCCUUGGGCUCACUGGCCAGCCAGCCUACCCUAGUCAUGUAGACCAUGUUCUGAUGGGGAACAACACUGGAGAUUUAGCUCUGACCUACACACACACACACACACACACACACACACACACACACACACACACACACAUAUACAUGCACACACACAUACGCAGUACAUACAUACAUAUACAUUACACAUAUACACAUACAUGCAGACACAUACACAUAUACAUACACAUAUACAGAUACACACGUACACACACAUAACUACAUAUACAUGCACACACAUUCACAUACACAUAUACACAUACAAUACACACAUACACAUAUACAUAUGUGCAUAUUCCCACAUGCACACAUACACAUAUACACACAUCCAAACACAUCCAUACAUGAGUGCACACACACAUUCACACAAAGUGGCUUUUCCUGAGAGCCUCCAGGAAGAACACAAGCCUUCUGGCCUUACCAGGCUCAAAUCAAGGGCAAAGAGGCCUGGGACCCAGAACUGUGAGAGCAUACAUUCACACGGCUUUAAGGCCCCAAGUCCGUGAUUUUUGUGUGUGUGUGUGUCAUAGCUGCUGCAGUAGGAAAUGGCAUCUAAACGAGAACCCAACAAAGAAAGCCAAGCCAGGGUACAGGCUGUACGGCGGCCCUGAAUUUGAGAACAGAUACCAGCGGUGGGUUCCUUCCUGUCAAAGGGGAACAAUUAAAUGAGCUGGAACAGCCACACUACAGACUAGCAUGCACCCCUCUAGGGUACUGACAUGUUGAACUCUCCAGCAUACGUUACAUGACAAAGGCAAAUUAUGGGUAGGUCCCCACAAAACCUGCCCCUCCUGUUGCCUGUAUGUGGGACACACAUUCUCAUUGGUACUGAUCUCAUGCCUUUGAAGGGUUUUCACAGCUGAGUAUGCCCCUGCCUGGCGAUUCUGGCCAAGUAGCUCAAUGGCAGCUUUGGUCCUGAAAUGGCAGGACCGCGUGGUCAUUGGUGUGCACAAGAUGCACAGACCAGACUAGACCCAGGACUCUAGGAACAUCUGCAACAUCUCCCUGCCUAACUCUUCCUCACUCUGCACAGGACAUAAAACUAGACAAAUCCAGAAGCCACAUGUGCCACUGGUAGAGAAACAAGGCCACAAUCAAAGGCAGUCACUCGGAGGGUCGGUGGCCAAGCAGGGUGGCUGGCCAGCCUGCAAACGCCAUGACUUUGUAUUUGCAAACAGCAGGGGGCUUUGCGCUGCAGAGCCAUCCCAUUCUCCUUGGUGCAGGCUCAAGUUCCCUGCCCUGAUUUUCAGGGCUUAAUCCUCUUCCUGUGGAAAUCAAGGAGGACAUUGUGAUGGAAUGAUUCACGUUCAAGGUCAGGCCGCAGCAAAUUGGAGGCGACAUGCUGAUUUUAAUGCCCUCACUGACAGGGGAGCCAAUCCUGUGCACAGAUCACUUAACCCUUUCCUCACCACGCCUGUCACUCCUGUCAGCUCCAAGUCUAGGUCCCAAGGUUGGUGCACCCCCUCUGUGGUCUGUCUCUUGCAUUUCCCCAAGGUGCUGAGGUUUCGGUGGUUUGUGGAAGACAGAAGUCAGGGAUGGUUUCAAGCUGAAAUAAAAUGUAUAACAUUACUAGCCCAUUGUGUCCAUGAGAAGCUCUCCCUACAGAUAUUUUGCACCCUAAGCCUUGUUCCAAGUUCUAGGCUUUCCUUGGUUGUCCGCAGGACAAGAUGGAGGAGAUGGGAAACUAAAUUCCUCUGUGUGUGUGUGUGUGUGUGUGUGUGUGUGUGUGUGUGUGUGUGUCCGCGCGUGUGUGCACAAUAUCUUUCCUGCAGUUCAAACAUAAUGGAAGUGUAUUUUCCCCUCCUAUAUACAAAAAAGCUUUCAAAAUAGGUGGGCCUGAGUAGCUGCAGCUUUGUGUCCAGAAUAACCUAGACACCCUGGUUCCUCUUUCUGGAAGGUCCACAUGGCCCAUCCAACUCUCCCAUGGUAGCUCUGCCUAUUUCUGCCAGACCUGUGCCCAAGGGUUCAGGGAGCAUGCAUCAUAGGAGUUAGAGGAUGCUGUAGUAAAUGAAAAGUGGAUUACUUCCUGCAGUUCUCAUUACACUGUCCUGAACAGAGGCAUUGGUCACACCUAACUGCAAGGGAGGCUGGGAGAUGUAGUCCACCUGUAUGCCCAAGAAGAGGACGUACCUAACUGCAAGGGAGGCUGGGACAUGUAGUUCACCUGUAUGCCCGGGAAGAGGAAGACAUGUGUCUGGUGGAUGGAGUCUUGGGAGGAAACAGAGACUGAAGAAAAUGCAACUGAGAAGUUUGAGGACAAAGGAAAGUCAGGUCAUGUGGUCAUAGAAGGAUUCUUUUCUUCUUCAUGAAACAGUUAAGAUAGGACUUUUAGGGAGAAGUCCAGAGUCACAGAGGAUAUGUGCUGGUAUGAGAGGGGAUUGGAUCCAAGUGCCUCUGGCUGGGUGGACACUGCCUUGGAUUUUUAUUGAUUUGUAUCUCCAACACAUAACACAGAGAUCACAGAAAAAUGAGUCUGAGCAUGCUGGUAAGUCUGAUGGUGAAGAGCCUGGACAGCAAGGAGUUAAAAGAGGCUGGGGUGAGUAGAGCUGGAGAGCCAGGUGCCCCCCAACACACUGUGGCUGUGUCAGUUAAUCCCCUGCAGCAGGCAGGAGGCCUGCACAGCUGUCUCUUCCAAGCUGGAACUGCACCUUCCCCCAGCUGCCCCCGGCCCCUUGCCCAGGGAUCUGGACUGCCCAGGGAUUGGGUAAAAGCGGGCGACACUGGGCAGUCAGCA